AUGUGGCUGAUAAACGUCGAAACGCGAAAACUCGAGUGCUUCAACGAUGAGCGCGACCUUCCCCUCUACGCCAUCCUAUCUCACACGUGGACCAACACCGAGAUCACCAUGCAAAUGUACAGAGACUUGCCUGAAGACAGGAGUCGCCAAUACGGAUAUAUCCAGAUCAGUAGGGGCUAUGAUAAAAUCGACAGAUCGUGUCAGCAAGCGCGUGCAGACGGCCUGCCAUACCUCUGGGUCGAUACGUGCUGCAUUGACAAGACAUCGUCAGCAGAACUGAGUGAAGCUAUCAACAGCAUGUUCCGAUGGUACCAGGGAGCGGUGAUAUGUUAUGUGUACCUGGACGACCUCGCCAAAGCCCGCUGGUUCACACGCGGCUGGACGCUGCAAGAGCUCAUUGCACCCAAAGACGUCAUCUUCUACGACCAGCGCUGGACACGCAUCGGCACCAAACGCAGCCUGAAAUUCGACAUCUCGCGCAUCACCCGCAUCCACGAGCUUGUGCUGGGCGGCAAAGUGCGCCUGCGCAGCGUCGACGUCGCGCAGCGCAUGACUUGGGCCGCGGGCCGCGCCACAUCCAAAGUCGAAGACAAGGCGUAUAGCCUGUUUGGCAUUUUCGGCGUGCACAUGCCGCUGCUGUACGGCGAGGGCACGAAGGCGUUCACGCGGCUGCAGGAAGAGAUUCUGAAAGAGAGCGACGAUAUGAGUCUACCCGGACGUCGUGGCGGCGUGGAGGAACGAGGCGCCGGCGCAGCUGCGUGUGUCGGAUCUGGCGCGCGGGGUGUCGAUUCUUGCGGAGGAUCCGCAACAGUUCUACAAGGGUUCGGCGCUGAGUAGCCGCUUCUUCACGCUUGCGGGUGAACACUCGAUGGUGGGCGGGAAGGGGCUUAAGAUUGAAUUGCCAAUAUUUAAGAUCGCAGAUGCACCCGAGGGGCCGCUUCGAGUCGCUGUCAUAGAAGGCACAAACUUCUACACCAGUCAUCUCUAUGGAUUAAAGAUCGCCCAUGGCUUCUUGAUGGGCAUUGUCCUUGAGAAGUUAAGUGCGGGUCACUAUAUGCGCCAUCCCUUUGCUCCUCUGGUGCAGGUUUCGGCGAUUGGUAUCAAGGCGACCGACCUGCAGACGAUAUAUAUUCGCAAGGACAUCAGCCGUUUCAAGUCAGCUCCGUCAACUUCUGGUAAGAAUCAUCGCACUAGGGAGAUCCUCGUCAAGUGGUAUGAUCCGCGUCUUAAUUCUAUCAAUU